UGAGUCAAGGAAGACAUGAGCACCAUGACAACUUCACCCUCCAGCAGCGACUACAGUAGCACAGAGGAUUCUGUUUCCGAAUGCAAAUCCGACCACAGCCUUUCAAUUGGUCACUACCCUCCUGAGAUCACGUUUUCUUAUGAGGAAAUGGUCUCCUCACAUGAGGAGACAGCCUCCAUGGAUUCUGCCAUCCACCUCCUCCCUCCUAUCCAAGGUACCUGGGGAACAGAGAAUAUUAGGAGACUCUUCCGGAAACGAGAUCAGAUGGAGGGUGACCCAGAGCAGUUCUGCAAGCUAAGCAUCACGAUGGCCUGGGAUAUUGAUGAGGGCUCUAACCAUGCAGACUCUCUAGCUAAUCUGGAUCUAAACGGCCACUGCCAGUGGAUGGAUAAGUGGCCAGAAGAUAGAACAAAGCUGACUCUCUGCAAACUGGAUAAUCUAGUACAGAAACUCGAGACAUUUCUAGAAAAAGAAAAAGGUAGUCAACAUGAUGACCAUGUGCUCCCCGGAUCUACUCAGAAUGAAGAUGUCUACUGGACCAGCUAUCCCUCUCCACAGACAGUUUGGGUCAGGCAUGAAAAACGUGACAUUUGUCAAGACUUGCCCAACCACAAAACGCCAAAAAAUGAAGAUAUCGGUCAGGUCCUGGGGAAUCCAAGGCUACAGAAAGAUGAAGCUGUGGAGAUAAGCCAGGAAGCUGGGAGCUCCUCAGAGACCUCCUCAGUGUCACGCGCACAGCAGGAGGAUGCUCCUCACUCAUAUGGAACAUCCUGUCUGAACUUUCGGUGGGUCUUCCACUGGCUGAGGACACAAGUCUUCUCCCGACUGAGGAGAGGACACCCUAGCCAGUCCACCAUCAGCUGGCACCAGAGGGCGGCAAGGAAGAUACAGUCUCUUAGAAGCAACAGAGUCCAACCACAAGAAUGACUCGAGUGGG